AUGUUCUCAUUCCUCGUCUCGCGAUACAAGGACUACAUGCCCCUCUGGUCAGACUCGCCCGGCCAUCCACGCAGGAACUUGAACAAGCGGCCGUGCACGCCCACGACCGCCUUUGUGAUACUCUCGGUGCUCUUCAACCUCUUUUUUGCCUGGCAGUUCUUCUGGCCGUGGCCGAGUGCUCUGGAUAAUUAUCAGCCUCUAAAUCAACACCCCAUAGUGGAUGAAAAAGUUGUUGAGCCCCUCACGUUUGAGAACUCCAACGAAUAUGCAGUUGUGACGGGUCUCUACACUGAUGCGUUUGCGACCGCAGUCGCGACACUCGGGCACACGCUAAAUGCUGCGAACAGCACGGCCGCGCGCAUCCUGCUCUACCUGCCGGAGCGCGUCUCACCGCGAGCUCUCUGCGUAGCGACCGCCAGCGGCUUCCGCCCGCAUGCCGUUGCGCGCAUCCCACCGCCGCACGCAGGCGUGCACCGGCACUUCCUCGACCAGUACUCGAAGCUGCGGCUCUGGACUCUCGACACGAUCGGCGUGCGCGCUCUCGUAUACCUCGAUGCGGACACGCUCGUGCGCCGCAACUUUGACGAGCUCUUCUCCCUCCCGUACGCGUUCGCCGCGGUGCCCGACGUGUUCCUCGACUCCCGCGCGUUCGCGAGCUCCUUCAACGCGGGCGUGCUCUUCCUCCGCCCGGACUCGGCCGUAUUCGAGGACAUGCUCCCCAAGAUCGCGACCGCGGCGUACCCCGCCGAGGACGCGGAGCAGUCGUUCCUGAACCAUUAUUUCGGCAUGCAGGCGCUGCGCCUCCCAUACGCGUACAAUGCGAACCUCGCGAUCAAGAAGCGACAGCCGGAGAUGUGGCGGGACCUCAUGGCGGCGGAGGUGCGCAUCGUGCACUACACGCUCGUCAAGCCAUUCCUCACGGGCGACUACGCGGAGGUCGAGUUGGAAAAGCUCGACAAGAACGUGGAGUCGAAGAAGCGAGCGCGCGGCGGGGCGUUCGUGGAAGAGGUCGAGGAGUGGGGGCGGGCGUGGCGUCAGACACGACGGUUGUAUGGCGAUGUCUUCGACCAAUGCAGAAGCGCGACGUGA